AUGGAUAAACUAGACAAAUUAACGGAAAUCAUGCUAACAAUUAAGAAGGAUACAGAAGAGAUAAAAAAAGAAAACAAGGCAAUAAGAUCAGAAAUACAAGACUUAAGAGAAGAAUGGAAAAAGAAACAAGAGGAGUGGGAGAAGGAAAAAAGGACAAUGGAAAACAGACUGAAGGAAAUGGAGAUCAAAGAAGAACAAAUGAAGAAGAAAAUGACAAGAAUGAUACAGUUGGAAGAAAGGGAGGAGGCAAGAGAGAGAAGAGAAAGAAAGAACAAUAUUAUUGUGAAAGGAGAGGACUUACCGAGAGAAGGCUCACCCAAGGAAGAGAUAGAACAAAUAAUGAGACGCGAACUGCAGGUAGAGGUGGAAGUGGAGGAUGCGUAUUGGAUAAGAAAGGAGCAGCGAGGAAGAAUGCUAAUAGCUAAAUUAAAAAAUUGGCAACAGAAAAAAGAUGUACUAGCAAAGAAAAGUAAGCUGAAAGCCAAAAGUAAUAUAAAUGAAGGUAAAGACGGCAAAGAAAAACAAAUAGGGAUUAAGGCAACAAUUUUCAGAAAAGACCAGGUAACGGAUCAUCAAACGAGAACGGGGGCGACGGAGACAGAUUUCGGGAGUAGGACAGACGAGAGGGACAUUGAAAACUCACCAGAUGCCACCUAUCGAGAGGUUACAAAACUUCCAAACGAGGAAGAGAAGAGAGGGAAAAUCUUCGUGGCAGGCUUCUGGAACGUCGCGGGACUGUUUAACAAGGACAGGCAAUUUUGGAAACACAUAGAGAAUUACGACGCCAUAGGGCUAACGGAAACAUGGGUCGACGAAAAACAAUGGGAGAAAUUGAAAGACAAAUUACCGGACAAAUUCAUAUGGAAAAGUACUGCAGCCAAACGAGAAAAAACCAAGGGAAGAGCAAGGGGAGGAAUAAUAACAGGGAUAAGAAGAGGUGUCAAGGAAGAAGAAACAACGAACGAGCGGGAAGACAUUCAAAAAAGAAGAGUUAUUUUAAACAACACAGAGUGGAGAAUUCUAACAGUAUACAGCAGAAACAUAAAAGAAACAGUAAAAGACUUACGGCAGAUAAUUCACAGUCCAGAAAACAGAAGAGUAUUGAUUGGCGGAGAUUUCAACGCAAGAAUAGGAGACGAGGGCACGAUAAAUUGGGAAAACAGUAACAGGGAAAUCAGAAGGAAAUCAAGGGACAAGAUAAAAAACGCAGAAGGAAGAACAAUGUUGGAAUUGAUAGAAGAAGAAGGAUGGAGUAUACUAAACGGAAAUAUGGAAGGAGACGAAGCAGGAGAAUGGACGUAUAUAGGUGCGUGUGGCAACUCGGUAAUAGAUUAUGGGAUAGUUAAUGCAGAAGCCAGAGAAGACAUAGUGGACUUUGCGGUGGAGGAGAGAAUUGAAUCAGAUUACCUGCCGAUCAGAAUAGACAUUUAUUUCACAGAAAAUGGUGCAAAUCCAGACGUCGAACAAGAAGAGACAAGCGUAGAAAGAAGAGUAUGGACAGAAGAGGGCAAAAGAAACUUCGCAGAAAAAACAGAAGAUAUCCUUCACGGCACAGGGAAUAGACGAAAUGGUAGAAGAGCUGAUAGGAGAAUUAAACAAAGCAAAAGAACAGAAUCUCCAGGACAUAGCAACAGUGGGGUAAAUGAGACCACAGAACCAGAAGAGAAUGAAGACGAGAUAACUGGAGCGGAAAUACGAAGACAGAUAGCUAAACUAAAGAACAAGAAAGCCCCAGGAGAAGAUGGACUGGAAAAUGAAGUAUGGAUAAAUGGAAGCAGGAAGGUAAUACAAAGAGGAAUAACACUGCUCAACUCGGCGUACAAGAUAUACGCAAUGGUACUCGAAGAAAGACUAAAGGCCGAAAUAGAAGACAAGAACAUCAUCGCAGAAACGCAGACAGAAUUUAGACGAGGUAGAAGCACGAUAGAUAACAUUUUUAUUCUGAAUUACAUCACAAACAGAGAAUUAGUCAACAAGGGAGGAAAAAUCUACGCCUUCUUCGCGGAUUUAAGCGCAACAUUUGACAAGGUGGACAGAGAAGAACUGAAUAAGAUAAUGGAGAGAACAGGAAUCAGCCAGAAGAUCAGGAAAAGAAUAGGUGAGAUUUAUCAGGAAACGAGAAAUGUCGUCAGAGUAAACGGUCAUACAACGAGCAGAUUUUGGACAACCAAAGGAGUAAGGCAAGGAUGCCCCCUAAGUCCAACGCUCUUCAUGCUUUAUACGGCGGAUCUGGAAGAAAGGAUGAGGAAAGACGACAUAGUGCUGUUAGCCAGGAGUCCAGAGGAGCUUAAGGAGAUGAUAAGUAGAUUCCGAAAGUAUUUAGAAAAGAAAAAAUUGACACUUAACGCUGAAAAAUCUAAAGUUAUGAUCUUCAAAAAAGGAAGGGGUAGGAAGAAGAAGGAAGAAUGA